CAGGAAAAUGAUCUCUAUAACUUUCAUUUUGAUUUGGAUUUGAUGUCUUGGGACUCAGACCUUUGGAAUAUUACAGGCCAUGCUUAUACAGAUGACAGUGUGAAGACAGAACCCUUAUCACCAGCCACUUCAAACUGUUCGGUCCCUUCUCCGUCGUCUGUGGACUCUCCAGUGCAGAAUGUGCCUGAUGAUGUGGACUUCAGCUGUAGCUCCCAGAUGUCUCCCAUCUCUCUCUACAGCAAGAGCUGCAGGAGCCCUGCAUCCCCUGAAGGAGAUGGGGGGAAGAAGCCUGCUGUCAGCAUCUCUUCUCGAUCUGGAAAUAAUUCUGUGAGGAACCUGAAGAGGUGUAAUCAGACAGUGUCCAGGCCUUUGAUACAGCCCAAACCCCUUUUGCCUGCUGUGCCUGAAGCUCAGGCUAACAUUGGCGUCCCAGCUAAAACCAUCAUUAUUCAGACUCUUCCCAUGCUUGUACCACUGCCAAAGAGUCAGCCAGUUGUUAACAUUCAGCCAGCACCUCCUAAAGGUCAAUCAGUGGUGCUCCCCCAGCCCUCCGUGGUGCAGCUUCAGGCUUCUGGGGUGCUUCCUGCUUCCCAGCCAGUCAUUGCUGUCACUGGAGGGACCACACCACUUCAAAACCACACGGUGAAUGCGUUGCCUCCAGCUGCUGGAAAUGGCUCCACAAGUGGGAAAAUACCAGUGACUAAGCCCUUGCUUCAAGGCAGCACACCAGCAAUGGGGCUGGAUGUCAAUGUCUUGAGACGGCAGCAGCGCAUGAUCAAAAACCGCGAGUCGGCCUUUCAGUCACGCAAGAAGAAGAAAGAAUACAUGUUGGGACUGGAGGCGAGGCUGGAGGCAGCCUUGCUGGAGAAUGAGAAACUCAAGAAAGAAAAUAGCACACUGAAGAGGCAGCUGGAUGAAGUAGUAUUAGAGAACCAGAAACUCAAAGUAUCAUCUCCAAAGAGAAGGACCCUGUGUGUGAUGGUGAUACUGGCUUUUAUAAUGCUCAAUUAUGGCCCAUUGAGUAUAUUCGAAAAGGAUCCCAGUGGAGUUGAUUCCACUGCGAGUUCUAAUCACCGGACCAGAAAUCUUCUGGAGUUCUCAGCUGGCCAGGAGUCCAGUGCAGCUCAGAAAAUACCUGAGGGCAUCAUUCCUGAGAAGAGUAAUAGGUAUGAUCGUUCUGUGUCUGAUAAUAAAGCACUAAUGAUAGUCUCAGAAGAGCCACUUUUAUAUAUUUCACCACCACCCCCACCCUGUCGGCCUCUGAUCAACCGGACAGAGUCACUGAGGCUGAAUCAUGAACUUCGAGGAUGGGUUCAUAGACAUGAAGUGGAACGAACAAGAUCUAGAAGGUUAUCAAAUAACCAGCAGCAGAAAGCACGGGUUAUGCAGAGCUCCCUGAGUGAGAAGGCAGAUUCCCAGCUGAUGGCCAUGCCUUACACAGACACCAGUCUCAGCAGGAACUCAGGGAAUGAGCUGCAAGUGUAUUAUGCCUCUCCAAGGAGCUAUCAAGACUUCUUUGAAGCGAUUCGCCGAAGGGAGGAUACUUUCUACGUGGUGUCAUUCCGCAGAGACCACCUGUUAUUGCCAGCCACCACACAUAAUAAGACCAGAAGGCCAAAGAUGUCUAUAGUGUUGCCAGCUGUAAACAUCAAUGAGAAUGUCAUCAACGGGCAGGACUAUGAGGUGAUGAUGCAGAUUGACUGUGAAGUGAUGGACACCAGGAUCCUCCACAUCAAAAGUUCAUCUGUCCCUCCGUACCUCCGAGAGCAGCGCAGAAAUCACACCGACACCUUCUACAGCUCGUCCCCCUCCGUCCCAGAGAUGCCCCAUGCCCUGAGGGCCGUUGUCAAAUCCCCGCAGUAGCUCCUGGUUUAGCACACGGCCGGUGCAUCCAACAUGCAGCAGGUCCUGCCGCCAGACUGAGCCCUUCCUUGGCAGGGCCCUGGGGCUCCUGGCACAUGAGCACAGCAGGGGCAGUCCCCCUGAGCCCAUUCCUGUGCCUGACCCUACCCAACCACCGCAUCCUGUCCAGGGAUUAUGCAGCUCAGCCCUGGGGGCCCCCUGCAGCAAUGCCUGGUGCCAGAGGUGAGGGUGAGGCACCGCUGCAGUCCUGGGGUCGGCAUCAGCAGCUACUGCCCAGGGCUGGCGUGGGGGGGACACGGGCCAUCCCUGCUACUUAUGCAUUGUCCAAAACUGUGGGUUGUUUUUAAUUUUUGUCCCUGUUAGGCUGCCUCCUGAGGUGGGGUGCUGAACCCUGAUGUCCUGCCCAGAGACAUCACAGCAGACAGCCAGGCUUGAGAUCAGGCUUCUCUCCCUGCAGUGUGUGAUGGACAGCAGCAGGAAGCAGUGUCCAGCUCCCAGCUGCAGGUGCAGGGGUUGCUGCAGCCCUACACCCCAUGCUGGGCCAGCCACCCAACCCUGGCCCUGCACCCCAGGAGCAUCCUUCUUCUUCCAGAAUGGCUGUGCUGGGCCUGACCGGGCAACCCCACUCCACAUCAAGCCCAAAGCUGCCCAAA